AGCAACCAAACCCAAACACAGAUCACAACUGCAAGGAUGUUCGCAGUAAAAGGAUGGUCAGUCGACUCUAAGUCGCUCAAAACUCAACAAGCCACACAACCCGCCGCCAAAAAGGCCGACGAUGGCGCACCAGGAAACUCGGCGCAAAACAAGAAGAGAAAGAGAGGCGGCAAGGACAGAACUCCCAGGGACGUCAACGACUCGAACGUAGGAGAUCUUUGGGCCACUACCAUUGAGGGCAAGAAGGCGCCAAAGAAGCCCAAGAUUGAGAAGAAGGAGAAGACCUCGGCCGUCGAAGAACCCGCACCAGCCAGUGAAGACUACAUCAAGCUCGACGUCCGCAGCGAGAAGAAGAAGAAGCCUGCAGCGGAAGGACAAGAGAAGCCUGUAGCAGAUGGAAAAGAGAAGCCUGCAGCAGAUGGAAAAGAGAAGCCUGCAGCAGAUGGAAAAGAGAAGGCAUCGGACAGUAAAAAGGCAAAGAACAAGAAGCGCCAGAAGCAAAGAGACGAGAAGGAGAAGGAAGCCGCAGCAGCAGGCGCCGACAAGGCCGCCGCCGAUGCUCCCGCCGCUCCUCCCUCGUUGCCCGUCAACGCCAAACUCACUCCCAUGCAAGCAGCUAUGCGCCAGAAGCUCAUCUCUGCACGUUUCCGCCACUUGAACGAGACCCUCUACACCGCUCCAUCAGCUACCUCGCUCGCCCUGUUCGCAGACAACCCUGAAAUGUUCGACGACUACCACUCUGGUUUCCGUCAACAAGUCACCACUUGGCCCGAAAACCCUGUCGACAUCUUCAUUCGCAGCAUCCCAAGCACUGCAAACCCUCUGCCACGCACACACGGUACCUGCAACAUUGCAGACUUGGGCUGUGGCGAUGCCAGAUUAGCUGCCACUUUCCACGAAGACGGCAGUGGUCAGCGCUACAACUUGAAGAUUGCAUCUUAUGAUUUGCAAUCACCUAGCAAAUUUGUCACAAAAGCGGAUAUCGCAAACCUGCCUUGUGCAGACGGAAGCAUGGAUGUUGCCAUUUUCUGUUUGGCGCUUAUGGGAACAAACUGGAUCGACUUUAUCGAAGAGGCAUACAGAAUCUUGCAUUGGAAGGGUGAACUGUGGAUCUCGGAAAUCAAGUCGAGAUUUGGCAGAGUAGGAGGUGACAAGGGCAAGGGUGGUCAGAAAGUCGUCGAGCACAGUGUAGGCAACCGCCGCAAGGCUGCAGCAAAGGCAAAGGCAGCAGAUGCUACUCGUGCUAAGCUGACCGCUGAGGACGAGGAGGCCGCUCUUCGCGAGCACGUUGACGAGGUUGUCACAAAGUCUGAGGAGACUGAUGUUUCAGGCUUCGUCGAGGUUCUGCGACGAAGAGGAUUCGUGCUCAAGGAUGAGAAGUCUGUGGAUUUGAGCAACAAGAUGUUCGUCAAGAUGGAGUUCAUCAAGGCUGCUGCACCUGUAGUAGGUAAGAACGUGCAAGAGGCCGGAGAAGAGAGAAAGGGCGAGCACGGCACAUGGAAGCCCAAGUUCAAGAAGUUCGUCGAGGAGGAAACCAAGGAGGUCAGCGUCGAGGACGAAACCAAGACACUCAAGCCUUGUUUGUACAAGAUCAGAUAG